AUGCCCGUAAUCACAGUCGAGGUGACCACGACGGCCUCUGCGACGGCCAUUUCCAAGAUGACCUCCGCCGCCACGGCCAAGGCUACCAAUGGUCUGUCGCCUGGUUCUGGGCUAAUCAUCGCCUUCUCGGUAUUUGGCCUGCUCGCGUUUGUCGGGUUCAUGGGCAUCGUCCUCCCUCUCGCAUGGAACGAUUAUGGGCAGUGGUGCUUCCCGCUCUGUAGUUCGGUUGGGUGGGCCAAGGACAAAGCCCAAACGGCCGAACCCACUCGCGAGAAACACUCAAUCGCCAAGACAAUCGGCAGCCUGUUCCGCGUCAAGAACGAGGAUAUCGAGAUGUCCACCUGCGCAACUCAAGGGUCCUCCUCAACUACCUCUUCAACCCCUUCUGAAGACUGCACCGCGAAUGAAAAGCACACCCGCAACUCGGUCGCCAAACUCUGCAACGCAUUCACUUCGCUUCGGUACAGCGUCACCCGCCGGUCGGGGGAGCCUGCAAGCGGCUCGGGUUCGGGUUCCAGUGCCCAUCUAACGGAGACUGCAAGUGUGGAUAGUGCGUCAUUCGACAGUGUCGACACGCAUGAGAGUUUUGGACACUCUCCCCGCGUCCUCGAUAACCAUGUGGCGGCUGACUGGCUCCCAUAUCCCCCGCCCACCACGUCCACGCAGUUUGGGCCCUAUGCUCGGCCACCGCAGUUGAUGUCCUACCCUCGACCUACGAUCGACCUGCCGCGCAUUUUCCCUGUCCCCGCUGUGUACUUCGUUUCCGCUGAGCGGCCCCCAGUCUGGGGCUCCUCGCCGACCGCCGCGAAAAUCUCCGUCACGGUGUUGACCUCACCCACCUCCAAGACUUCUAUGCCUCACAACCCGCCCGCCUCGUUCAGGACUUUCAGCUACUCUUCAGAACGUCAGAGCCUCCCUCGCAUUCCCGUCAACAUCAACGCAGACAUGGAUGUCCUGGAGGCUGGUGUCGUCGGAGGCCGCACUGGGGUGAUUGAGACCGAGGUCGAUUUUGACGCCAGGCUUGACUUGCUGGAAGCGCUUGCCAUUAUUCCGGAAGAGGGCAUGAAGCAGAAGGAGAAGUAG